AUGUGGAAAGUACGAGAGUUGGCCGACAAAGUGUGAGUAGUGUAACAAUAAUAAUAAUAGUAUUGUACUUGUUUUGUCAAUCGAGUACAAAUAUUUAAUAAUAAUUACUGUCAUUGGCAUUGUUUCUGUAUUAGGACCAACGUUGUCCUCAACUACACCGAAAUCGAAGCCAAAGUCCGGGAAGCCACCAACGAUGAGGCUUGGGGACCAACAGGUAAGGCGAUUGUGUGACUUUUCAUUUUUUUUUUUUUUUCUCUCUCUCUUCAUAAUCCGUUUUCCACCGGCUUUUGUACUCGGUUCUUCGUCCGACCGCCCAUAGGUACCUACAGUGAUUCAAAUUAUUAAUUCUUAAUAAUUCGCCUUUCACUUACCCGCCCACCUAGAAGGUUUUUGUGUCUUGUUCUGACCAAAAUAUUUGUAUUACCUAUGCAUUCGAUUCGAUUACACGUUCCGAACCAAUUGACAUAGAUUCCUGUGUAAAUUAUGAAUGGAAUGCCUAACGUAAAAAAUAAUAUUCUUGUCUAUAAAUUGGCCUACUUGACCUCUGAUAAGAUACACUGAAGUAGGUAGGUACAUUAUCCAGACACCUGCCCGUUUGAUAACAACAAAUGUAGUACAUAUUACAACUGGUUUUGUUGACAGUUAUUGGUUACUAAUAAUGUUUGUGUCUGUCACGGUCAUCUAAUAAACAGUCGUUAAAUAAGAAUUCAUUAUGGAUAUUUUAUAUGCAUUUAUGAUAAAAAUAGGAUUUCGCAAUGUAAAAGUUCUAACUUACUUACCUACCUUUUAUUAAAUGCAUGAGUCAUUGCAAUUUUAUAAAUUUAUGUAUACUAUUUCAUUUGGUAUCAUAGAAGGUAAUGAAUUACAUUUUAAAAUGGGAUGACAAUGAAUAGUUUUGGCUCCGUAAAAAUGUAUUAUAGGUGUUUUUUUUUUAUUUUUAUUCAAUUAGAGUUGAGAACCCGAUGUUCUAAAUUUACCAAGAAAUUGUCCUAAACAAAAUUGAAUUAAUAUAAAAAAAAAAAAUGUAAUUCUCAUUAAAAAGUGCAUAAAACAGAUUUGUAACAAAAAAGCAUAGCGUACUCUAAACAAGUGUGUUGAAUUUUCAGUCCUAAUAAUAACUAACAUAAUACUGCUUGUUUUAAUAACUUGAUUUAUGUCUGGCUGUUGACUGAAUUACUGUUAUUUUUCAAUUAAUCACAGAAACUACACUUAUCUUAUGACCUAUGAGAUCCACUGGCAAUAAAAUCAUUUUUCUAAGAAAGUAGCAUAGUGUGAAUUUAUAGAAAAAAUUAAUUGAGCGUAUUAAUUGAAAAUAAAUAUAUUAUACUUCAUAAUAUAGGUAUUUUACAUUUAUUUUAUUAACAAUAAUUUCUGUUUUUGUAUUUAUUAUAAUUACAUAAAUGCAGAAGUUUGAAUUAUUUGUUUCAUUGCUCUCUAUUUAUAAUUUUAAACUUUGUUCGUUUUUUUUGUCUUCAAUUUUUAAUUUAUUGUAAACAUACAUACUUGCUGUUCUGUUAAUCGGGUUAUCUGCCUGUUAAAAUAAAUAAAUAAUAUAACUUAAAGCCAGCAUCUGAUCUAUUCCUGUACUACUUUCUUAUGUAUAAUAGUUAUUUACAAAUUCAUUAACAAUGAAAUUGAAACAUUGCCAUUUAUUGAUAUUUGUUUAAUUUAAAGGUAAUUUAAUGCAAGAAGUAGCACAGGCGACAUUCAUGUUUGAGCACUUCCCAGAAGUUAUGGGAAUGUUGUGGAAACGAAUGUUGCACGAAAACAAGAAGAACUGGCGUAGAACAUAUAAAGUAAGUGUCAGAAAUAUUUAAGGAAAUAUUAAUGUAUAUUAGGGGAGACAGAGGAAACUGCAAUCACCUAAGCAAAAAUUGUUAUAUUUCCAGUUUUAUUUCUCUGAAUUGUAUGCUACUACAAGCAAUAGAUAGAUAAACUUGUUAGUCAUAUUUUACCAAUGGUCCAAAUUUUUAAAUAAUGUGUUUUAUAAAAAUAAACCUAAGGUUAAAAUAGUUUUUAAAAAUAUUGAUUAAAUAAUGAUUUAAGUUUUCAUCAUCAAUACUGAGGACAAAUGCCAAUAGAAUAUGCUGGUUUAUUUCAAUAGAAAUUAACAAAUUAGUUAUUGACCAGUAUCAAAUUAUAAAUUGCCAUAAAUUACAUACAUAUAUUAUCUUUUCUUUUAUAGAGUUUAUUGUUACUAAACUAUUUAGUGAAAAACGGAUCAGAAAGAGUUGUUACUUCAGCACGAGAACAUAUUUAUGAUUUAAGAGGAUUAGAGAAUUAUUCAUUUGUCGACGAGUUUGGUAAAGAUCAAGGAAUCAACAUAAGGUAUGCAAUUUACUUUGUAAAAUUAUUUUUUUAAAACAAAAUUUAUUUUUCUAAUUCAUUUAGGCAUAAAGUAAGAGAACUCAUUGAUUUUGUACAAGAUGACGAUAAGUUACGAGAAGAAAGAAAAAAAGCAAAGAAAAAUAAAGAUAAAUAUAUUGGAUUGUCUAGCGAAGGCAUGGGAUACAAAGGAGGAGCAGGUAUUGUAUAUUGCAACCACUGUUAUAUUGUUGAAAACAUUUUUAUGAUAACUAUUGAUGUUUUACUUUAAUAGGCGAAAAAUGGGACGAAGUACCGCGAUGGAAAAAGGACAGUAAUAACGAAUUCAGCGAUAAAAAAAAUAGUAGUACAUUAGGUUUUGAAGAAUCGCCCAAUAAUAGGUAAUUAUAGUUUUUAAAAUUAUGUAAAAUGUAUAGUUGUAUAGUGGAUAGUUGUUAUAUUUGAUAGUUUGUAUUAAAAUAGUUGACUAAGUUAUAAUAACACAAUUUGUCGUAGUGAUGAAAACGAUAUUGUGGAUUCUGAGCCAGAACUUGAUUUACCACGUAAACCCACUGCUGAAGUGUAUAAAGAUCGUAGUAUGUCACCUACCAAAGUUCAAAGUCCAGCCAAACACAGAACGCCCAUUAAACGCAUCGAUUUAGGUGCCGCAGCACACUAUGGAAAACCACAAACUGUGAUCAAUUCCCCUAUAUCUGUACCCAUCAACAAUCCUCUAGACACUGAGACUAGCUCUGCCGAUUUGUUAAAUAUAGUAGAUAGCAACAAUAAGAAGCAAUCAAAUGACUUUGGUGAUUUCAAUGCAGCCUUUACUACUGCUUCAAAUGUAGAUACAACAAUAAAAGAAAAUAAAAGGUAAUUUUAAAUUUUAAAUGUGUUGUGUUUUAGUCAAUUUUGUGAUAACUAGUAUGAUGCACCUCUAAACAACUUUUUUCUUCAUUUUAGUAAUGAUGAGUUUGCAGAUUUUAGUUUGGCAUUCACUCAGUCCAUGUCCUUAAACAGUAAUCCAACAAAUUUAUGUGAGUUUUAAUUUUUACAAAUUUAUUUUAGAGUUAAUUGAACCUGUGAUUGUUUUUUAGCUAACCAAAAUAUAAUUUCCAAUACUGAUCUCCUAACAUCGUUACCAUUGUCAUCUACUACUACUACUACCAACGGAACAAGUCGAAACUUGUUAGAUUUGAAUUUUGAUGUUUUAGAUAAUACAGGUAAUAUAUAUUCAAUAUCUAUUAUUGUUAUUUUUGAUUGUAAACUAACUACAUAUUUGCUAUUUGGGUUACAUAAACUAUAACAUUUUAUUGAAACAAUUUAGUUGCAUUUUUAUACGAUCUUAGUAGUUGGUAGUUGGUUUUUCAAACUAUGUUCAAUAUUUGUACAAUAAGGUUAGACAACUGGCAUUUUUUUUAUUAUACAUUUUCAGCAAUUGGAACAAUAUUGAAGACACUUGUAGUAUCCGUUCAGCAACAACAUUCAGAAUCAAAUUUCAAAAGAUUUUUGCAGGAAUUUGUUGAAUAUUUACCUGGCCCAAUGACUCCUCAAAAAUAUACAAAAUUAGAUGACUAUAGUUCAGAUUAUUUUCAAGUUAUCAAAGUGUACAGCCAAGUAUUAGAAAUCAUUUUAGAACAUACACGUUUCAAUGAUUAUGUAAAUCUAAUUUCACCAAUAUUUGCCCCAGAGGGUGGAACGUUAGAAAUGUUAAGUAUAUCGCUGGAUGUUUUAUGGAAGUAUGUGAAUGUAAAUGCAUUGUGUUUAAAAACCAGUUGUGCCAUAGAAUUAAUUGUGCAAGUUUUAACAAGUGAUUUAAUAAAGUCUUCGUUGAUUCUAGAAACACUAAACUCUGAUCAUAGCCAGUUUAAAAUUAUUAUGGAAUUUUUAUUAUCACUACCCAAUAGACUAGCUAACAAACUUGGAAAAAACAUACCCAAAUUGUUGACUCCUAUAGAGUUUUCGAAUAGAAUUAUGAAUCAUAUAUUGUUUGUCAUUGAUCAGUUGUGCCAAUUUUAUAUUUUUGAAAAUCAAACACCUAAUACAAAGCCUAUUACGAUACUGUUGGGCAUGACUGUUGCAUCUUAUCUUCAAAAUGAUUUUUCUACUACUUUAAAUAUUUUAGAAUGCUGGUGUUUGAAUAAUAAUUAUACUUUAAUUAUUAGAAGUAUUCUGUUGGAAGUUAAUAGAAGAGCAGUUGAUAGACUCAGUUACUUGUUUUGUCGCAAGUUAACGACACCUACUUCACUUUAUAACCUGAUAGGAAAUGCAGUAAUUGAUAUGCCAAACUGGAAACACACUUUGUGCAACAAAAUGAUAUUUUUUUUUUAUCACGAAGAUCUUAAUAUUGUUUUAAAUCUAAUCAAUUAUUUAUACUUGGUUCAGAAAGAAUAUUAUAAGAAUGUAUUGAGUGAUAUAAUUUUAGAACUUAUUGCAAUAUGGAAUGACAAAAGUUCUUUAAUUCAUAUACCUUUUGAACAACAUUAUUACAUAUCAAAACUGAUUGUUCUUGGUACGAUAUGUUUAUCAAAAAUUACCAUGAAUGAUGAGUUUAAGAAAACUCUGGAAGUAAAACUUUUUGAAGGUGUUCCAGUUCAUCUGCAGAGCUCAGAACAGAAAGUACGGACUAUUGGAAUGAUAGUGGCAGAGAUUGUUAUUGCUUUUUUAAAAUGUAAUGAAAAAGAUAGACCAAAGUUAAAUUUUGAAUAUGAUGAUUUGCAAGAGGAAUCAAAACUAAUAGUUAAAACACUGAAAGAAUUUGAAAAUGUUAAAAGUGACAAAAAUAAACUACAAUUUAAUAAUGCUUUUAUAAUGUUAAAUAACUUUUUUGAAGAUUCGGAUAUUAUUGAAUCUAGACAUUCCAAUGUAAUAACCACAUCCCAAGAUACCAUUUUGGCGAUAAAAAAUAUUGAUAAAUCAAUUGAAAAUAGUCUAGAUAGUGACGAUGAUGAAUUUGAACCAUACGACUUAUGUAACGAUGUUCCAAUAGAUGUUAAAAAUAGACCUAAGUAUGUACGUGACCUUAUUAAUGGUUUGAAUGAACAAAAAGAUUAUAAUAUUUGGCAUGGUAGUUUGGAAGCAUCCAAAAGUCUUAUUGAAUCACAGUUACCCAAUGAUGAUGUUUCAUUCGCACUCGAAUUAUUGACAUUAUUAGUUGGUAUGGAAAAGCAAUUUUAUUCGGAGAACUUUGAAUGUUUAAGAUAUAAAUCUGCUGUAGCUGUUGUAACUGUAUAUCCGUAUGAUUGUGCAACACACCUUUGUAGCCUUUUUUACAACUCUAUUGGAAUAUAUGCAGUUUCUCAUCGUAUUUUAAUACUAAAUAUAUUGGCUGGAUCUGCAAAAGAAUUGUCAGGCUUUAAAAAAGUCGAAGAAAUACAAAAAGAACCAAUGACACAAGUGAAUACUAACUACUGGACAGAUGUUAUAAAAAAAAGAGUCCAACAAAAAACCAGAAUAAUUUCUAAUCCUAAAGCACCUGUUAAUUGUCAAACUAAUAGAUUUGCACCAGUAGCUGAUGCCUUUUUCUUUCCUUUAAUUCGGGGGAAUAUAACCGAACCAAUUGUGUCUCCGAAAAAUGACAAAGUUGAUUACAUGAACGUGCUUGGUGUACAGUUAUUAAACACUUUAUCAAUCGUACUUCGCUGUGCUGUUAAUUCUCACCACGUGACACGUAUGGCUACAGAACUUUUAGAAUGGACAUGGUCAUUAAGAUAUCAUAAAGAUGUUGAAGUAAGAAUGGCCGUAAUGAGCUGUGUGGCUGCUGUCCUGGUGUCUGUACCUCCAUCAAGAUUAAAUGACCUAAAGAGCUCAUUAAUGGAAUUUAUUAUGUGGCUGGAAAAUGUUGUUGCAUCUGAAGGGGUGAUAGAUAAAAUGGACAACGAAGUGAAUAAAGAAGCAAGACAAUUUGCUACGCUUGUUCUAUUACUUUACAGUGAUAUUGUGAAACAAAUUUUCCAAUAAUAAUAUUAUAAUUUUUUUAAAUCUAUGUAAACAUUCUAAUAGAACUGAUAAGAAACUGUAACUAAAUUAAUUAUAAUUAAAAUUGUUAAUUUGUUUUGUACGUUAUAUGUAUUGCAUUAUUUAUUUAUUUAUAUUUACAUUCCUUUUUUGUAUUUGUUUUCUUUAUAUAUAAAUAAGACCUUUACAAUUUACAGGGUCUUCCUCGCCAUUGAAUCAAAUGAUUCAACCGGUAUCGUUUGCUCAGAAUAUUAAUGCAGAAAACAAAUCCUCUGGAAAUUUAAAUAAGUUGCAGGUAAGGUAAAAUACAGUCUUAAUUAUCAAGUGUGUACAUAUAAUAUUUAUAUUACAAAUACAUAUAUAAAUGUAUUAAAAGUAUUUUUUUUUUUUUUUUUAAAAUAAACUAAUUUCUUUUUUUUCCUAUGGUGUAAUGUUUAUUUUAUAGCUGGGCAGCACUUGGAGUGGAGUGAAGGACCUUAAUAUAGACUUGGAUAAUUUAUUAUCGCCCGGUAGUAAAUCACCAAAUUCAAUUUCGAUUCCUAUGAACCAAAUGGCUAAUAACAACAAUAGUCUGGGUAAAUAAAAUAAAAUAAAUUUUAAUUUCAAGUGAAGUUUAUGCUUUUUUAAUACUCGGUAAUAGUUAUCAAAAUUAUAAACUAUAAUUAUUUCAAAAUCAAUAAUACUUCCAGUAGUUAUAACAUUAUUGUGUUUAUGCAUUUUUAUUCUCAAUUAACAAAUUAUAUAAUUAUAAAAUACUAAUUAUUAUUUAUUACUAAUUUUAGGUGGAAAACAGAAUACUUUUUUUGAUUCCAAUGACAUAUUGAUGCCUACUCAUCAAGCAUUCUCUGCAAGCUUCAAGUGA